GACAGGCUGUCGACUGUCGUCUGCCUUCUUCAUGUCUAUGGAUUGUUAGAGGUUUCUGGGCGGGUGAUUGUUUUAUAAUAUAAUCAUCACAAUUUUGAUUCCUUGCCGUGUAACGUAAACAUAUUUUGUGACAAUUGCAAGUAACAACUAAAUACAUUAAAUCGCCUCAGUUUUUUUAGUUGUUAGCAUUAUUGUUACAUAUCACUUACUAAUUUUUGGGAUUGAUAGGUUAUGAUAAAACGACAUCAGAUUACAAAUAAAAGUGUUAUUAUUGUUAUUAGUAUUAAAUAUUAGUUACUUUGGUUCUUUAAAAUGUCUCAGCCACCAAAAGUUCAUCCUAAACCAGGGCAAGUGAAGGUUGUUCGUGCAUUAUACAACUACUCAGCUCAACGGCCAGAUGAGUUAACAUUCAAGGCUGGAGAAGUACUCUAUGUUUUUGACCAAACAACUGACAAAGACUGGUGGAAAGCCAGAUGUGGUACAAAAACAGGAGUGAUACCCAGCAACUAUGUGGAGUGCCAGACUGAAUCAGUGGAUGCGCCUUUACACGAAGCUGCCCGGAGGGGAAACCUCAGUUUCUUGCGAGAGUGUCUUCACCAAGGUGUCUCUGCUACGGGGCUGGAUUCAGUCGGUAACACUGCUCUGCACUGGGCGUGUAGGGGUGGCCACAUUGAGUGUGUGAGGGAGCUGCUGGCACAGUCCAACCCCCCUGUAAAUGCUCAGAACAAGAUGGGUGACAGUCCGUUGCACCUGGCUGCUGCUCACAGCCACCUAGAGGUGUUGUCUCUGGUGCUUCAGGCCGGGGCAGAUUCUGGACUGCACAACAACGAUGGCCAGACGGCAGAGCAGCUUGGUUCUGCUGCGGUGGCCAGCCUGCUUCGUCUUAGCCGCUCACCACGUGCUCGCCCUGCCUCGUACACACCGGACGACUAUGUUGAUGAGUCAGACUAGCUGCAGUCGUUCUUCAGUGCAGGGUUACCAACCACCAUAUGUAUGUUAAACUCAGUUUUGUUUUACGAUACUUCUAACAAUUUUCUACAAUUCCUGUAUAAUUAGUUCAACACAGAACAAAAUAUUUAAAAAGCCAAUAAGAUUUUUCCGAGCUUCUGCUAAAAAUUUAAUAAACCUUCGGUACCAAACACUCAAAUGCUCACGUCUUAUUAAACGUGAGUCAGUUUUAAUUCUUAGAAGUGACAUACUUUUCAGCUUGAUUGUCUGAUUGUUUUAUUUUAAACUCAAACUAUAUAUGCUAAUUAGUUGCAUUUAAUUAACCAACCCAAUGUUAUUGGUUGGAUGGUAGAACCUGUUCAAUGAAACAAACAUAUAGUUUACAAAACUGUAGCCUUACAGUAGCAAUUAUUGGUGCUUUACAAUAUCGUAGGUGUAGCUUGUAUUGGAACAUCGAUAUUAGAUUUAGUACACACUUUUAAAAUGUCCAAAUGUUUAGUAAGUUAAAGACCUGUAUUACAUUUUAACAUCAAAAUCUUUUCAUAAAGUAUUCUUUUUCCUUGAAACUGUCAACUCACUAUUGCAAUAAAACAAAACAAUAUUAGUGAAAGAUAAAAUGGAGAAAUAAAAAAGUUUCCUCAGAAUUCAAACAAAAUGUUUGUUUUCAGUAUUAACUAAAUGCAAUAAGUUUAAAAUAAUUUGUAAUAAAUAAUUGUUACUAUGAAAUGGUGCAAAAUUGUAAUGCUUGGGUAUAAAUGUUAUGGUACUUUAACUUUACCGUUCCCUUUCUUAAAGGAAAUUCAGUUUUGAAGUACGCCUAAUGUAUAUUUUCCUUGCAAUGUUGAUUGGCUUUUUCUUGCUGAAUAGUUCUAAAAACCUGACAAAUCAAAGAGUAUUUCAAUGUUAAUCUUUGAUCUCGUAUUGUUUCUAUUUCAAUCGUACUUAAAAGUUUCAUAUGGUGAAUAAUAAUAGUCCUAGUGUGUCAUACAUUAGACAAUGUAGAUAACAUAAUGGAUAUUAGUAAAAUAUUACUUUAACAUAUUAAGAUGACUAAGUAACAUUAGGAUAAUUAAUUAUAAGUUAUAUAAUAUUAGUAAGGCAAUAUAAUCAAGUGAUUUCUUAAGGAUUGGAUUAAUAAAUUUAUAAAUUAAUGGUAUUAUAUGUUUGGCACUUCUUUUAAGCAAUAUACUAAAAUUAAAAUUAUUUACUACAUAAAAAAAUCUUGUUGGAUACUUUGUCAUGUAUGUAAUGUACAUUGUUUUUAAACUAAGGAUUUCUCAUUAGAACAACUUUGUUUUAUCUUGUAUUUAGGAGUUUUAUAUUUUUAUAGUGUUCAUUGUUUGGUCUGGGGUCUUGAUAAAUUUUAAUUUGAUUCACAUUUAUUUUCGUUUUGUAUUGUGUCAUAUAGUUGAGCUACUAUAUGGUCUAGUCAGAGCUACGAGCUUUUGGUGCAAAGGAUCUUGAACAUCCUGUGACAGAUCCUAGCAAUUUUUUAAUAUCAACCAAACCUAUGGUGUAAAAGGAUAAUAGGAUUUUGGACCAUAAAUACGGCUACGUUUUGAGGAUUGAAAUCUACCCUCUUAUUUAUGUGUCAAAAAAAUAUUAUAAAUAUACAUGUACUUUAAACCUAAAACUUAUGGCAAUGGACUACUACUAAAAAAUUGUAUCAUAUCCGAGAAAAGCUUGAAGUCCAGACGGGAGAAAAUGAACCCAAGCAGCGGUAGGGAGGCUAUUUAUAUUUUUGUUCCCCUAUGGCGGCUUCCUUUACCCUUUCUCAUCCAGACCGUUGCCUUUCUGUCUCAUUAUUUCGUAUGACAUGCCACGAUACCACAGGAAAUGCAGACAUUGAUUUUCCUGUUAGUGUUCCAUCUUUGCUUGUGUCGAUGUGAUGUGUUAUUUGUGCUAUUGACUUCAGAUCAGUAACAACAUAUGGUUUCAAUUUCUCUUGUCUGGACCCUAAGCUGUUGUCGGGUAUGGUAACAUUUUGUGGCAGUCCGUUGCCAUACAUUUUAAGUUUUAAGUACAUGUUUAUGUAUUCAGUUUUUAACACCUGAGGAAGAGGGCAGAUUUCAAUCCAAUAUGAUGGCAAGAAUCCAAAAUAAAUGCUCUUAUCCUUUCUAACCAUCCAGCCUCAAAAACAAACUUUAAACAAAGAGGUUAAAUUUCGUAAAAAAUAAAACAAAUUGGCUUUAGUGAAGAUAUGUUCCAUAGUUUGAUUCUAAUAAAUAUCAUGGUGUAGAAUCAAAAAGCUUCUGUUGUUCUCCGAUGGCAUGUCCUUGAGCAAACGUUUGUAUGUACAUAAGUGCUGUUAUAGAGGCCACUAGCCAUGGAGAUAUGUUAUAUCCAAAGUGGCAAAUUAACAAAAUAUCAGCAGUGCGUGUUCCAUUAUGGAUUUGUGUAAAUAUUCUAGUUUCUCCAAAUGCAAGUGCUGUGUAAAGAAAUUUACCAAGAAAUUUAAAUACUCAUUAUUACUUGCAUACCUCUUUCAGUUAUUAUACUCCAUUCAUAGGGUUUAACGGUAAGUAUAUGUUUUUAACCUGCCGCUGAUUUAAUCCAAGGUUGCCUCCACCAAUUUAACGGAAUUAAUAUUAAUUAGUUUUACUCGUUUGUCGUGCUAGUCUCCCAAAACAUAUAAAAAUCUGUUGAUUAAUGUCGGCCAACCAAUUGUUUCAGUUUUCUGUAAAGAUUGAUAGAUACCGUAUGGUAUUGUGUGGUUCAAACACUCAACAUCUUUAUACAGGUAACUUAGAAAACAAACAACUCUCAGAGGCAUAUCCAAGGGUGCUGAUAGUUUUUAAGUUUUUUCCAUCCAUUCCAUUUUCAUUUGCGGUGAAAUAAAUCUUUAUUUACAUAUAUCCUUAUUUGUAACCUAUUUUUAUUUUAUAUUCCUACAAUGUGUACAAAUCUCCAAACAACUCUCCAGAUGUAAAUUCUGUUCUGUAUAGUAAACUUUGUAUUGUAUCAUCAUCAUCAUCAUCAUUAUUAUGAAUAAAUGAAUUUAUUACCCAUAAAUACAGGCAGCAAUAUAGUAUUGAAAAAAAGCGAGAAAUUAAUCUGGCCACUUUAUCCAGUAGCGUGACCAGUUGAAACUAUACAAAAUAUAAAAUACAUUAACAUAGUAUAUCAUAGUCUAGCAUUUAGAAUACUUAUAAAAGAAAAUCGCCAACUGUAACAUCUGUGAGUUAAACCACUUACAAUAAUUUGGAAAUAAGAAAAUAAUAUUAGUGGAUGUAUAAGUAAUAUGAUGUAAGUUAAGUAAACAGAUGAAAUUAAUUGAUAAUGAAUAUGAAAAUAGUUAUCAGUCAAUGAAUACAUAAAAUAUUUAAUAAUAAGUAGGUAAUAAAUAUGCCUAAUAAAUGGGUUAAAGUUAUAUCUUAUAUCAGAAAACUACCAGCAAGAAAAUAACAAUUAUUUAUACUACUUAAUUAUACUAAGACAUAAUUAAGAUAUUCUACAUCUUGUUGUGAAGAAAUCCAAGUGAUUGUUUCUUUGCAAAAGUGUUUGAAAUUUUUAAUAAUUUUGAUUUGAAGUGGCAACUGAUUGAAAUAUUUUGGACCUAGAUAUUGAAAGGAGUGACGAAAAAUAACUUUGUUGACUUUGGGUAAUUUAAAACAGUUAUUUACAAGACUUCUUGUAUUGUGAAAGUGGUUUGGCGUUGUGUUUUCUCUAUUCCCACUUCUGAUAUAAAACAAUCUCAGAACCUUAAAAACGAAAAGAUGCUGAAAGGGUAAAAUUUUUAAUUGUUGAAAUAAUGGAAAAUAAGUAGUUCUUUUGGUUUUUUUAAGAAUUAUACGUAAAAAGUAAUUUUGAGUGGUUCUUAACUUAUCUAUUAAUGUUUUGUAUGUUCCUCCCCAGCAUGGUAAAGCGUAUUGCAGUCUUGAGUUGAUGAGGGCAAAAUAUAGUGAUCUCAAGAGUGUCAAGUUACAAAAGUUUCUCAAAAAAUAAAAUUUUCUAAUUUGUGCUCUUAGUUUUGCGUGUAAAUCUAAUAUAUGAGGUUCAAAAGUCAAUUUUUCGUCGAGAAAAAUUCCCAAAUAUUUAAUAGUUUUUACUUUUUCUAAGGGCUGGCAGGCACAUAAUUGGAAAUUACAGGAUGUGGAGUGAAAUAUCAAGGGGGAUGGUAGAUCAAAACCAAAAAAAAUCAAAAGUUAUAAACUUGGUCUUAUUUACAUUAACCUGCAUUUUAUUUGCAGAACACCAUUUUCUGAGUAUUAAAAGAUCAUUGUUGAUUAAAAUUUGUAGUGAAUUAAGGUCUUUGUGAGUAUAAAAAAGUGCAAUGUCGUCUGCAAAAGCGAUAAUAUUUCCAUUGAAAUUAAGGUUCAACAAAUCAUUAAUAAAAAUGAGAAAAAGGGUGGCUGAGGUCACAGAACCUUGAGGGACACCCGUUUGGACAAUUUUUGAAUCACUAAAAGUGUUGUUAGUUUUUACUUGUUGUCUCCUUUCUUUGACAAAACUAUUAAACCAGUUUAGAGCAACACCUCUAAUUCCUGCUAGCUCUAAUUUUGUUAGAAGAAUUUCAUGAUUCACCAUAUCAAAUGCUUUUUUAAAAUCAAUAAAGAGGCCAACUGUUUUAAGUUGCGAGUUUAAACCGGUGAAAAUAUAAUCUGUUUCUGUAAUUAAUGCACUUUCCGUAGAUCUCCCUUUAAUAAAACCAAAUUGUUUACUGCUUAAAAAGUUCGUUCUCAUUAAAAAGUUAUUUAAUCUUAUCAUCAUUAUUUUUUCAAAUAAUUUAGAAAAAAUAGAAAGCAGGCUUAUCGGUCUUAGGUUGUCUAAUUUAUAUGAAUUGGGCUUUUUCAAAAGGGGCACAACUGAACUUAAUUUAUUACUAUAGAACUUGUUUUAAAUAUUUUAUUUACAUACUAUUUUAGGUAUGUUAUUUACAUAAAAAACUGCAUUAUUAACUUUCUGGUAGUAAGAUUUUUUAUAUUUUAUUGUUUUACCUUAAUGUAAAGGUGCUUGGAAUCCAGUCUUUUUAUGACAAAUCCAUACAUUCCAUACUGUCUUUAGUGGAAAAUUCCAUUUUUGAUCAUAUAUAAAUUUAUAGAACAAUUGAAAUCUUUCAAACAUUCUGUCAUCAUUACAUGUUAUUACACUACAACAGGAGAUUUUAAAGAUUAGCUAUGUAUAAGAAUUUGAUUGGAAAAACAAUAAAGAUGAUACAUGGAAGCACAAUUGUACUAUUUACAACCAAUACUCCAAUACUCAUGUGUGUUAUCUAAAAGCAAUAAAGAUUAUACAUGGAAGCACAAUUAUACUAUUUACAACCAAUACUCCAAUACUCAUGUGUGUUAUCUAAAAACAAUAAAGAUGAUACAUGGAAGCACAAUUGUACUAUUUACAACCAAUACUCCAAUACUCAUGUGUGUUAUCUAAAAACAAUAAAGAUGAUACAUGGAAGCACAAUUGUACUAUUUACAACCAAUACUCAUGUGUGUUAUCUAAAAAUAAUAAAAAUAUGGCACAAAUAAUUUUCAAACACUAGAUAUUGCACUUCCGUCAUUUCCACAAAACCAGACAAUCCAGCGUAGGCUGGGAUAUCGUUUUGGUUUCCAUAAUUAAAAUUGAAUUUAUUUAUGAGAGUGUUAUCGAAUCAUUUUUUAUAUAUAAUAAGUUAUACAAAUAAUAAUAUUUUAAUUGGGUUUGCUUGAUUUUUAUGGCUGAAAAACACUUUCUAGACCAAAUACGUUACUUUUUAUGUAAAAAUACUAGUUUGUUAGGAUUCACUAAUCAUUGACCUUAUUUAGUAGAUUUUUAGAUUCAAAAUCUAAAUUUUUAAAAGUGAAAAGUAAUAUUGAUUACUUACUUUUUACUAAAAACUAACUACAUUUACAUGCUUAAUUCACUUAAAAUGGUCGUUUGUUAGACCAUUGUACAUGCACACCCAGAAUGUCUCUUGUAUGUUUUUACAAAAACGUAUAUUUUAAAUUGGUAGAUUACAAAAAAAAUUUAAUUGAAACUAAAGAUAUAUCUUUAGAUUUAUUGCAAAAAAUUCUCCAAUCAGCUUACAAUAUGUGGGCUGGGAAUGAAACUAGUCACAUCUGAGCCGUCAUCAAUCCAGAUUCAAUCGUGCCAAAAAAUUUGUUUAUAAUUGUGAAAUACUUGUAAAAAACAACAAAGAGUGAUCUUCCCGGAGUAUUUAUAUUUACUAAGUACAUAUUAUACUAACAAACAAAUCGUUUGAUGACAAAAGUUUGAGAUAUUUCCAUUUAUGAAUUGUUAAAUUAGCACAAAGGGCUGUGAUUUCAAAAUAUUGAGUUUUAUGUUUCAUUAUAUUUUGGUAAACAAAUUGAAAAAUAUUUUACUGAUGUACCCUAGAAUUUGGAUGUAGGAAGAUGUUCCACCUCUGUAGUGAUAUAUAUAUAUAUAUUUUUAUUUUAUAAUUUUUUUUAUGUUCCAUUUUUCUUUAAACUGUUCAUAAGAACAUAUCUCAAAUAAGUAAAGAUGAAAAAUCAAUUUUAAAAUGGCACUCUAUUGUGUUUAAUGUUCUCUAAAUAAUAAAAAAGUAACGUGCAGUAUCUGAAAAUGCAAUUAUUUAAGAAUGAAACAAACAAAUCACGAAUUUAUCUUAAAAUUAGAGAAGUUACAAGUUAAGAAAUGUGGUACAUUUUUCCAAAUGUUACUGGCAAUCUUAUUAUAAAAAUGUGUAUGAAGGCCUGGCAUUUAUAGUACAAGUUUUGAAAAUUUCGCUUGGUUAAAAGGGUUAUUAUAAUUUCUUUCCAACAAUAUAUAGUUCUUUUUAAGUAUUUUCUGAAGAUUUUGCUAAAACCCAAAUUGUAUAUGCGCAGGCUGAAUAAAAGCGUGCAUUUAGUCAACACUUUUAGUACGUCCUAGAGAGCCUAUCAAUAUAUAGAUGAUCAGGAGAACAAAAUAAAUGAUUUAGAUAACAGUAAAAACCUAUUUUGUAAUCAAACCAAUGUGAUUAAGUUAACUAAUGUGAUUAAGUUAACUAAUGCAAUCCUGUUAAUUCCAAUUCAGUGUACUACUUAAGCUAAAAGCAAACUAUAAGCAGUAUAAAUUGUAGAUCAAUUAUAGCAAAGGUAUUUAGUGUAAACAUUAUUUCUCUGGAUACUUUUACAUAUUAAAAGGAUAAAGUAACAACCUAUAUAUGGUGACAACUUUAUAAAUCAUUUCAUUGAUUUUUUUUAUAUUCAUCAGUAAUUUAUGAUUAUCUACUAGUAGUUGUAAUGGUAUUAAAAUCAGUGCAAUGAACAUUACUUUUUUAAUACAGUCUACAAUGUAUUUAUAUUUUUCUGUUUAGAAAAUGUAUUUAGUCAAGUUAAAGUAUCAUGUUGUGCUUAUAUGGCUAGUCUUUGUUUGUAUUUUAUAGAUUUUAUACAAAAUACCAUUGUUAUAUUUAAAAAUAUUUGUGCCUUUGUGUUAUAUAAUAUAGAUUUGUACCUUUAAAAA